AGACGCAGAAUCAUAUAAAUAAAUGUAUGCUCAAUGGAAGUAUGUAUUUUAAAAGUGUCAGUUGUCCAUAAAAGUAGACCAAAACUAUAUUUCCAAAGCUGUCAUCAGACGGCUGUUGACAGCUAACUGGUUCGCUUGCUCUAAAAACAACAUUCGACAGCCAUGAAGACGCACUGACGGUUUUUAGCUACGCCGGUCGCUGUCCAUGGUGCUGAAUCGUGAUGCAUUUCGUAGAUGGAUGUACAUAACGCUACUAGCGUUCGUGACAAGACGAGAAUUGCCAAAUAACAUGCUAAAUUGACAAUAGCCUACUCAGGUGCAUAGCUAAUCGGUAACACUGCAGAGCCUGGAUUUGUCGCCAUAGUAUUGGCAUUGCAGAAUGUUCGCUAGCUAGCCACAGAGCUAGCUUAGCUUUUUGCAAACAUGAAUGGUGUUGAUUUGGUCGCAAUCAUGACUAGGUCUAGUUUCUAGGCUGCUUUCGGCAUUUUCUGUUUGGCAUUUACAUUAUAAAAACACAAACAAUUUGUUGCCCAAUGGCAUGUGAAGUAGCUUCUUCACUAGCCUAGCUAUGUCAUUGCUUUGCUCCCUUUUAGAAUAUUUUUCCAGAUCUGUGUGUGCUGGGAUCCGAUGUCGUCGUGGAGAGAGAGACUAAAAUAAUGAGCAUCCAGUGAGCCAGUGAGACCAGAUCGCAAGACAGACUCACGUCUUUGACACCCCCCCCACUAUCCGUUUUAUUUCAAUAGGUCCUUGUGGUUUGAGACACCCCAUUAGGCGUCAUGACGUCCUCUAUGCUACGCCGACAAUUGAAGAACCUCGUUCAAAACUUCUCUGAGGCUGAGGUCAAGGUGAGGGAGGCCACCUCCAAUGACCCAUGGGGUCCCUCUAGCUCGCAGAUGGCUGACAUCUCGGACCUCACCUACAAUGUGGUGGCCUGCAAUGAGAUCAUGACCAUGCUGUGGAAACGCCUCAAAGACGAUAAGAACUGGAGGCACAUCUACAAGUCAUUGACUCUGCUGGAGAACCUAUUAAAGACGGGCUCAGACCGCGUUCUGAAUACGAUGAAGGACAACAUCUACAUUGUGAAAGCGCUAACAGAGUUCCGUUUCCAGGACAAGGAUGGGAAAGAUCAGGGGGUGAACGUAAGGGAGAAGGCCAAGGUAGUACUGGUUCUUAUGGAGGAUGACGAGAAACUAAAGGAAGAGCGAGAGUUUGCACUCAAGACCAGAGACAAGAUCUCAAAGAAUGCCACUGCCUCCUCGGAUGACCCCAACGACCCCAAGGACCCCAACUACAAGCCAGUGUAUGUCCCAGGAGCCACCGGGCUCCCCUCCCUAGCCAACAUCCCGUCUGUGGCUGAUCUUGCCGCCAGCUUUGAGGCCAAGAAGCAAGAAAAACUGAGACAAGAGGCCCAGAAAAAAGAGGAGGAACGAAGGUCAAAGAUGACCAAGGAAGAGCUUGAAUGGGAGGAUGCCGCCAAAGCAGGAAAGCCUAAGGUUGCUGAUGGCUUUGGCGGGGCAGAUGAACCAUCAGAGGACGAUGCAUGGGGUGCAGCAGCCAAAGCACCCGCUCCUGAUCCUUGGGGGGGUGCGCCCAAAGCUCCAUCCGAGGAUGCAUGGGGUGGAACAUCCAAAGCUCCAUCCGAGGAUGCAUGGGGUGCACCAUCUAAUGCUACAACAGAAGAAGCAGAUCCUUUUGCGGCGCCAGCCAGUGCCCCAAUAGAUGGUUCAGAUCCUUUUGCGGCGCCAGCCAGUGCCCCAAUAGAUGGUUCAGAUCCUUUUGCGGCUCCAAAAGAUGGUUCCGAUCCAUUUUCGGCACCAUCCAAUGCACCAUCUAAAGUUGAAGCUGAUCCAUUUGGGGCACCAAAAGAUUAUCAAUUUUCAGCACCAUCCAAUACACCAAAAGGUGGUUCUGAUCCGUUUGGGGCACCAAGAGAUGAUCAAUUUUCGGCACCGUCCAAUGCACCAUCUAAAGUUGAAGCUGAUCCGUUUGGGGCACCAAAAGAUGAUCCAUUUUCAGCACCAUCCAAUACACCAAAAGGUGGUUCUGAUCCGUUUGGGGCACCAAAAGGUGAUCCAUUUUCAGCACCAUCCAAUACACCAAAAGUUGAUUCUGAUCCGUUUGGGGCACCAAAAGAGGAUACAUUUUCAGCACCAUCCAAUACGCCAAAAGACGGUUCAGAUCCCUUUGGGGCACCAAAAGACGGUUCAGAUCCUUUUGGGGCACCAAAAGACAGUUCAGAUCCUUUUGGGGGCCCAUUGAAUGUCCCAACGAAGGGUGCUGAUCCUUUUAGUGCACCAUCCAGUCCAAAAACCGAUGCUUCAGACACGUGGGGUGCUCUAUCUAAUCCACUGUCCGAAAAGAAGGCUGAUCCCUGGGGAGACGAGGGGACCACAGCUGCCUCUCCCCCUGCAGAUCCAUUUGGCGAUGGCUCGAAGGCUGAUGGUGACGCAUGGGGACCAACAGCAUCGUCUCCGCCCACCGCCAGUGACCCUUGGGGUGCACCUGCAGCUCCCACCGACACAGCAUCCACAGACGACCCCUGGGGAGAUGGAGGGGCUUCCACCACCACAGACGCUAUGAACUCUGACCCAUGGGGAGCUCCAAGUAAUGGCACAGACAAUGGAGCCACAGCGGAUGAAGACAACAAAUCGCCAGCUUCCUUCCAUGGUGCCGGCGCUUCGCUUGUGGACGUGGGCUCAGUCCUUUCCCCCCAAACCCAAACACCCCCCCCCCCCCCCGCACCAAGUAACAAAGCGUUUUACAAGGCCCAGGCAUGGCUGGCCCUAUGGGCAGAGUUACAUCCAUUGCUGGAGUGUCUCGUACUACAAUCUCCCCAAACUCCAGCCUUUUUGGUUCCACCCACAUGUCCUACGGUGUUACCCGCCUUUGGGUUCCACGACCCCUUGCUGGGGCCUCCUUUAACCCAGCUAUCAUCCCAUUCCCUGGGAAUGCCUCAUCCUGGCCUGGCAAUGCCUGAAAUGGGACCUCAGAUGGCAUGCCCCUGUUUUGGAGCUGGGAUGGUACAACCCAAUUGUCUGGGUUGGGUUCCUCAGGCAGGACACUCUGCAGUGGCUCUGCAGUGGAGCUUCCACUCCUCAAAUGGGAGGGUGGUCCCAUUGCAGUGACACAUGAUUUUAGACACCAGAAUGGGAGAACCUCCCCAACGGAACAACAAUCCUAUACUUUUUUGAAAAGCUACAACCUGUCCAGCUCACCUUCCUCAACCCCAAUAUCUACAAUGGUUAAUAUAAUGUACAUGUCCAAUGUAAGUGUAUGCAAUAAUAUGUAAGAAAUGAAACAAGACAAAAUAUAAGUAUCUCAAAAUAGUUUUUCCAAGAAAAACAUUCAAUUUUGGUUGAUUCGAUGUUCAUUUCGGUUCUUUCAAGAGUGGGAAGCUGAGAUGGGGCCUUAGGAGUUAGUUCCAAUUAGUCCUUCUGUGAUUUUGUUCUUGUGCUGUGAUUUUUCAAUUAGACUGGUUAUUAUCAAUGCUCACCUUCUCUAUGCUUGACUCAUAAGGCUCUGAGAUAGGUGGAGGGAGGGUUAAGAAGACCUGAUGAAUCAUUACAGUAGUCGACAAUGGAACAUGUACACAGAAAGAACAGGAUGUCAGUAGAGCUGCUAUCAGGUGUGUGUGUGUGUGUGAGAGAGAGUUUUGUGUGAAGAUGAGGUGAGAUCCUUGAGCAAAAGUAACUUAUUUGUGAUUUUUUUUAAAGUACAAUUGUAUCUAUUUAUUAAUUUACUUAUUAGCCUAUUUACUGUAUUUAUUAAUUCAAUUAUUUGUUUGUUUCUUGAACACUUGGCCUCCGACAGAUACUUUCAAAACAAACUAGAGCCACAUUCAAAUUCAUUCAUCUCACAUUACUGACAGCAAGCAUCAAAGUGGUCUUUGUCCUGUGGGUUUCUUUAGUUGACCAUUGACUUUGGAUGGAAAAGGUCAUAUCCAAUUGGAUAGAACCCAUAAUCAUCCACAUUAUCAGCCAAUAACCAAUAGUGGCUUUAUUUCGCUUUUGUCAUUUUAUACACUUAAGUCUACUUAUUUACUUGUGUUUGGGAACAAACAGAUUGUGUACAAAUGAAAGCUGAAUUUGUCAUAUUUUUUUUUUCCCUGUCCUGCUUAUGUUGUUGAAAACUGUAUCUCAGUCAGUUGAAAGUCUUUUUGUCAAAUAUUUGUAUGACAAGACAACAUCCCAUGCACACGGUAUUGUUAUGUUUAUCUGUUCAGUGAGUUUUCAUCGUAAGGCCUAUGAAUCCUCCUUGUCAUUCUGUGUUUUGCAUUUCCUCUUUGGCCUCAAACAAAGCAGUUGAAAUACAACAAGACGGUACACAACAUGUGAAGUGACAUGAAAAUUGGACUGGAAGUCACAAGAUGAAUUCAUCUGAAUCGUAGUGCAAAAGGAUUAGUAUUGUUACGAUAAUUCAUUUUAUCGUGGCUACUAUUAUCAUUUAAUUCACAUGAUAUGCUUUUUUAUUUAUGUCAAGGCUGUGGUGUAAACUGUGACAGUACACAUUUGAGAAAUAAAGUUAUUCAAUACUUGAGAUCUCAGAUCUGA